AUGUUUGCAGUUAAUUUGAAAGAACGACCAGUUUUAGUUAAAUUUUAUAGUGGGCUGACAAAGAAUUCUUCUUGGAAUGAAACUGCCCCUGAUAGAAUUAUUCGCGAUAUAGUGGUUACUUCACAAGUUAGCCACCUCAAGAAUGUCUUGCAGCUUAUUGGCUGCUGUUUGGAAUUUGCGUAUCCAGCUAUGGUGUAUUAUUAUGCUCCUGAAUCUGAGUUUCUUACCAAUCGUCUCAGCCAUCUUAAUAAUGAUGGUAAACUACUAUCUUGGAAGAAUAGACUGACAAUUGCGACUGGUAUUGCCAAUGUCUUGCUUUAUCUUCAUUCUGCAUUUUCUGCACCCAUCAUUUUUGGGAAUUUAACCAUAAAUAAGGUGAGAAUCGACCAAUGUGGUGUUGCUAAAUUAUUUGACUUCGGCUUAUCUAUUUCCCUUCCUCCUGGAAAAUCAGAGGUGGAAAAUCAGCUGAAAUGGAUACAUGUUCCGUCUGGCCCUCAAGGUUUCAAGUCAAAUAUUGUUACUCUGAAGAGUGAUGUCUACAGCUUUGGUGUGCUGAUGCUCAUGCUCUUUACUGGAGAAACGGAUGCAAUCAAGUAUGAUGAAGAAAUGGGAGGAAGAAUUUAUAUCCUGGAUUAUGUUAAGAGGCAUAUUUUGAACAAUCAGUUCAACCAAAUAGUGGAUCAAAAUAUGUUCAAACAGCAAGGUAAUUAUAAUGAUCCUGAGGUAGAGCAGCAGUUGCUUGAUUUCCUGGAUCUCGCUUUGAGAUGCACAGAACAUGACCGAGCGGAUAGACCAGAUAUGAUUGAAGUUGCAAAGUUGCUCCGUCAAAUGGAGAAGUCUGUUCGUUAUUCUUAAUUUGCUCUUCCACUGCCAUGGACUAUGGGCUGAGGAUCAAGUGCUUUAUGUUUGUAUUUUCACAGUAAAAAGC